AUGAAGGCCAUUGUUAUUGACAAGUUCGGAGGCCCCGAAUCUCUCAUCAUCAAAGAGGUCCCUGAACCUCAACCAAAAAUCGGCGAAGUUGUGAUCCAAGUCAAGGCCUUUGGCAUCAACCAUGCCGAGAUGCACAUGCGCAAGGGUGAAUGGGCCGAGUGGAUGCCCAUCAGCGGAAUCGAGUGCGUUGGCAUCGUAGCCAACUGUCCGGGAAAAGAGUUUGAAGAAGGCACUCCAGUCGCGAGUCUCAUGGGUGGCUUAGGACGCACAAUCGAUGGCAGCUAUGCCCAGUAUACACGUGCUAAAGUCUCCAACGUCGUUCCUCUCGGACCGGCUGCGGCGCACCUUCCCUGGGACCAACUAGCUGCCCUUCCUGAAUCAUAUGCCACGGCAUGGACAUGUCUUUUUCGCAAUCUUGAGGUUUCGAAGAAUCAACGGCUGUUGAUUCGUGGUGGCACUUCUUCCUUCGGCAGGGCCGCUAUUAAUCUCGCAGUGGAGGCUGGCGUUCAUGUUACGGCGACCACUCGCAAUGAAUCUCGCGUCAAUCAAUUAGAAGCUCUAGGCGUCCGCAAGGUGAUAAUUGAAGGUCCGGAACUUUCGCAACGAGUUUCAGAGAAAUUCGACGCCGUGCUAGAGCUCAUCGGCAACAGCACGGUCCUUGAUUCGCUGAAAAUGGUACACAGAGGCGGCAGAGUCUGUCUAGCAGGCUUCCUGGGUGGCCUUGACCCGGUACCUGAAUUCAACCCUCUCCUCCAGAUGGCAAGUGGCGUGCAUUUUAGCUUCUUUGGAAGUUUCGUGUUUGGGACUCCAGAGUUCCCACUGUCAGAUGUCCCUCUGCAGGAAAUUGUCACUAUGGCUGCGCAGUCACGGAUCAGCGCUAGACCAUGGAAAACAUUCAAGUUCGAAGAGAUUCAAGAAGCACAUCGGUUGAUGGAAAACGGUGAAGCACAUGGGAAAAUGGUCGUGGUUGUGGAUUGA